CUCUCACUUCAGCACUCAUAUACAGCGAGAAAGGGGAAAGGGAGAGAAAAGAGGAGUACAGCGCGCACUUCCCUCUCCACACUUUCGAAUGUUGAUCGCAUGGAAGUUUGACGACUGCUUAUCAGAGGACCAUCAUUUCAUACCUUGAGGAUGGGAAACCUAAAGUUGGCGGGAUUUCCAGUUUUGGGUGGCAUUCUGAUUUGGACAUCACUCUGCAUCCGAGGUACAUGGCAAGGACAGUAUCAGAGAAAGCUGUAUAAUGAUCUGUUAUCCAACUAUAAUCGUUUAGAGAGACCCGUCCAGAAUGACUCUGCCCCCAUAGUGGUGGAGCUGGGUCUGACUCUGCUGCAGAUCAUUGAUGUGGAUGAAAAGAAUCAGGUUCUGAUCACAAACGCCUGGUUGCAGUUGUACUGGACUGAUAUCUACCUGAGUUGGAAUGUUGAUGAGUAUCCAGGAGUACAGAACCUGCGCUUCCCGUCCAAUCAGAUUUGGGUUCCAGAUAUCCUACUCUAUAACAGUGCUGAUGAGAGAUUUGACGCCACCUUCCACACCAAUGUCCUGGUCAACCACUCAGGAGCAUGCCAGUACAUCCCCCCAGGGAUUUUGAAGAGCACAUGUUACAUUGAUGUGCGCUGGUUCCCGUUUGAUAUUCAGAAGUGUGAUCUGAAGUUCGGUUCCUGGACACACAAUGGCUGGCUGCUGGACCUACAGAUGGGUGCUGUGGACACCUCCACAUAUAUUUCUAAUGGGGAAUGGGAUCUAGUGGAUGUCCCUGCGAAGCGCAAUGAACUGUACUAUGAGUGCUGUAAGGAACCAUAUCCUGAUGUAACAUUCACAGUCACCAUGCGCAGACGGACUCUCUACUAUGCUCUCAACCUGCUAAUCCCCUGCGUGCUUAUUUCAGGACUUGCCCUGCUGGUGUUCCUGUUGCCAGCUGAUUCUGGAGAGAAGAUCUCCUUAGGCAUCACUGUGCUGCUGUCUCUCACUGUGUUCAUGCUGCUGGUGGCAGAGAUCAUGCCUGCCACGUCAGACUCAGUUCCCCUCAUAGCGCAGUACUUUUCAAGCACCAUGAUGAUUGUGGGGCUGUCCGUGGUUGUCACAGUGUUGGUGCUUCAGUUCCACCACCACGACCCUCAGGCAGGAAAGAUGCCAAAAUGGGUGCGGGUGGUACUGUUGAACUGGUGCGCGUGGUUUCUGCGCAUGAAGAAGCCUGGUGCGUCGCGUGUGCGGGGCGCUGGAGGAGGAGGGGGCUGUAAGUACACCCCGGCGUCGCCUCCCCUGCACAGCGCCAGCAGCAUCCAGAUGGGCGCCAUACCAGGCCAGCCGGCAGGCACCAACGGCCACAUGAACCUGUACUUUGGCUACCACUCCAUGGACGAAGGCUGUUGCCCAGCUAGCAGUGACUCAGGGGUGGUGUGCGGGCGGGCCGCGGUGUCCCCUAAUGAGGAGCAGGACGCCCCGCGCACACUGAGCGAAAGGUCUCCUGAGCUGCAGCGUAUCCUGGAGGAGGUGUCUUACAUUGCCCAGCGGUUCCGUGAGCAGGACGAGGGCGAGGCGGUGUGCAGCGAGUGGAAGUUUGCGGCGGCCGUGGUGGACCGCCUCUGCCUGGUGGCCUUCAGCCUCUUCUCCAUCAUCUGCACCUUCACCAUCCUCAUGUCUGCGCCCAAUUUCAUCGAGGCUGUCUCCAAGGACUUCACUUAACUACAACACCUCCUUUUUUGGUUCUCUCUCUCUUUCUUUCUCUCUCUGUCUCUCUUCUUUGUCUCUAUCUGAUCAAAUGCACACAUUGGAGUGGAAAGAAACAUUAUGUUUCUCAAUUAGUAUGAAUGGAGAUCUUCAGAUAAGGUGUGUGUGUGUGUGUGUGUGUGUGUGUGUGUGUGUGUGUGUGUGUGUGUGUGUGUGUGUGUGUGUGUGUGUGUGUGUGUGUGUGUGUGUGUGCGUGUUCAUGAGCGUGCACGUGUUUCAGUUAGAAACAAGCUACUGCUGCCUUUGGUGUAUGUCUGACUUUAAUCAUGUUCUCCAUCACAUUGCCUCUGUCCUUAUAUGAUCAAAUCAGUUUGGACAUGUUUAGGUUAUGUUGUUUAAAAGGGUGUGCGACUCUAAGUGUAAAAAUGAGUGAGAGCGUCUUUGUUUCCUAUACAGAGUGGCUCUCUUUAGCACUCACUAGAUCUCAAAUAGGUGUUAAACUUACCAGACAGAAUAAACAGUGAAAUUAUUUUGUAAAUCAUUUGGGCUGCCCACUGUUCUUGCCAGGCGUCAAACCCUCUUGGGAAAACCUUCAGACACAAGACAGGCUCUUAGGAAUGUUGGUAGGUGGCCAUUAGUCGGAGAGGAUGCACACUGUGAACCCAACACUCGUCCAAAUGCAAUAGACUCACUGUGAACUCAACAACACUGUGAACUCUGCAAUCAGAGUGCUCUGCUCCAGUCGUCCUCUCCCUGGUAGAUGCAGGUGCUUUUCCUCACGGCGUGUUUCUCUGGGGGCAAAUCAGGAAAUGAAAUGGCCUCUGUGUGAUGAGGACGGGCGCUCAAGCUGUCUCCCACACUACAAGAUUGUAGCCUGCUGUUGUUCUGUUGAGGACGUCUAUUUGUUGGCAAUGUAACAUACUAAAAUGUAUUACAAAUUCUACUUGUUAUUUUUCUAUAUGUUUACAUAUCCUAGUUAUUUAAUCCUCUGUUCCUCCAUUGACCCUUUGUAAAAUAGCAGAGAAUCACAUGAAGACCAUAAGGAUGACGUAUCAGCUGUAUGAUAUCCAGAGGUAUGGUCUUCUGGGCUGGAGAGCCGUCCGUCUCUAUUGUGUGUUUGUCGUUCUGUUGACCUCUCCUGUGUAAAGUGUGCCGUGUCCUCAUCAGUAUGGUCAGUACUGGACAUACUCUGGCGCUUAAGCGUGUCCUUGCGUCUCUUUGCUUACAUUUCUUUUCGUGGCCUCUUUGUAUCCAGCUCUGCUAUACAUUGGUCUCAGAAUCUGGGGGUAACCACCGAGGAGUACAGUACACAACACAGGAUGUUUUGGUAGAAAAACUAGACUUUAAAAAGAAAACCAAAUAAAUUUUCUUCUGAUGCA